GCACGAGGAGAAACGGGAAGGGGCGGAGGAGGCAUGAGAGGAGGGGUGGUAGAAGGGGAGGAGAUAUGGGUGGAGGAGGAGAGGCGGGAGGAGCACGAGGCCGAGCGGGAGAAGGAGCGACAGGAGGAACGGGGGAAAGAGCAGGGGAAGCAGUGGGAGAGGAGGAGGAGAGGGAGGAGCAGCAGGAGAACGAGCGGGAGCGGGGCUAUGGAGGGAUCUUUGUCACGUUGUUUGGCGGAGGAGGAUCGGGAGGGGGACGAGGCGGACGAGGGGGAGGAGUGGGAGGAGCGGGAGAAGGAGCGAGAGGAGGCGUGGGAGAAGGAGCGGUGAAGGAGCGGGAGUGGGGCUAUGGUGCGGGAAGAGGAGAGGGAGGAGGGGGAGGAGGAACGGGGGGAAAAGCAGGAGAAGCAGCGGGAGGAGCGGGAGGAGCAGCAACAGAGGAAGCUGGAGAAGGAGAGGGAGGAGGAGCGGGAGAAGGAGCGCGAGCAGGGCUACGGCAGGAUCUUUUCCUUGAGGAGGGGCAAGCAUUGUGUGCUGUGUCAGUGGAGUGCUGGUAUGCUCACUUCGAUGUGGAGGACGAGGACAAUUUGCCAUCAUCACCUUCAACACCUAUGCAAGUGGUAGGAUGUCCAUGCAUCGGUGAAAACAGAAACAACAAGAUUAAUAUCAACAACAACGACAACAACAACAAUAUCGACGCAGCAGCUGCCGGUCCCUUUGAUGGGGAUUCUUGCAUCGGCGAGAUUGGCGGCAUCAACAACUAUAACAACACCACCAACAACAACACCAACAACGAUAUCGACAGUGUGAUCUCACGAUCAUGUGUUGGCGAAAGCGACAACAACGACAACAGCAACAACAACAACAACAACAACAACAACAACAACAACAACAACAACAACAACAACAACGAUGACUACAACAACAAUAAGAACACCAACAACAACAUCAACAACAAGAACAACGACAACGCAGUGGACGCCAGUUCUAGUGAUGGUGAUUCUGACACUGGCGCGAUUGGUGGUUCCAUCAGCUUCAACAACAACAACAACACUGAUGGAGGCAAAAACAACGAUAACAACAAUCACAAAGAUAAUAGUAACGAGCGAUUCAUUGAUAGGGUGACUGGCAAAAUCGACAUCCACAACAACAACAACGACAAUAAUGAUAAUAAUGCGCCAUACACGCUUAAUAGUGCCCGUGUGGUGUUCUUGAACCAGCGACCACAACCACGACCAGGAAAAUGUCCAGGGAACGCAUGUGAGACUUGUGACAGAGGCCUCCAGGACCCAUAUCGCUACUGCUCUGUUGCAUGCAAGGUGGAUGCGAUUCUAAAUGAGGGUCGAGAUUGCUCAUCUUUCCUUCAACGGUGCAGCUUGUCCUCGAUGGAUUAUGCUUCGGCGACAGUGGCGGCGACAUCAUCUCCGCUCCGGACAAUCAAGCGACCGAAAUUGGAGAUGGAGGACCCACCAUCGCAGACAUCAUCUGGCUCAGCGGCAUCAAUGUUCAAUGACCGAUUCUGCGAGUGCACAAGGCAUAUGUGGAAAACGAGAAAGGAACGAACUGCACUCCACAUGCCAAGGUGUGUUCUUCCCUUAACUUGCUUAGUCAAUUGGGAGCUGUUGAUUUCUCUCUCCUCCCACUCCUCUCACUCCUCCUUCUUGUAUGGGCAAGAAGAGGAGGAGAAGGAGGAGGAGGAGGAGGAGGAGGAGGAGGAGGAGGAGGAAGAAGAAGAGGAGGAGGAGGAGCAUGGGCUCAGUGCCUACUCAUACGACAAGCACAGUGUUGUAUUCUGCAAGGUAUUGAGUCGGAGGCUGAAUCCGAGGCUGAAUCCGAGGCUGAAUCCGGAGCUGAAUCCGGAGCUGAAUCCGGAGCUGAAUCCGGAGCUGAAUCCGAGGCUGAAUCUGGGGCGCAAUCCGAGGCUGAAUCAGUCUGCAGCAGUCAAACUCUCCUACUGUAUGCACUUGCAAAGCUGCUGCACACAGAAACAGGGUUGUGAUGUGAAGCUACCCCAAGCUCUGUUGAAGGAUUGCUCGCAUUUCGGCAAUCUAAAAUUUGCCAGGAGCGAGGAGGAGAACAACAACAACAACGACAACGACAAUGACAAGGAGGCCAAGGAGGAGAAGGAUGAGAAGAAGCACUCGGUGGACGAGGAGGAGGAGAAGGAGAAAGAGGAGGAAGAGGAAGAGGAGGACGAGGAGGAGCGGGAGGAGGAGGAGGAGGAGGAGGAGGAAGAAGAGGAGGGGAGCCACUUGAAGGCAAUGUGGCAGACGAGUGGAUGGAUGGCUGUAUGACUGCUAUUGACUGGUCACAAGAGGCAGCAGUGUUUUGGGGGAAGCCUGUCAGCUUAUGUUAGUUUUUGUAAUUAAAUGUGAAAUGUGAGGAGAUAGUCAGAAGAGGAGGAGGAGGAGGAGGAGGAGGAGCAGCAACAAUGACAACGGUAUGGAAGACAAGGAGGAGAAGGGUGCGGAGCAGCAUGCACAGGAGGGGGAGGAGGAGGAGGAGCAUGCGCAGGAGAGGACGAGGAGGAGGAGUAGCAUGCGCAGGAGAAGGAGGAGAAGGGUGGAAGCUGGUUGGAGGGAAUGUGAAAGACAAGUGGAUGUUUGACGUGUCACAUUGAGCCGCUGUGUUUUCGGAGAAGAAUGCCAACUUCUUAGCUUUUGUAAUUAAGUGUCGAGAGAGAGUGGGGUUGAGCAGGGGGAGAUGACACAGGCAUUACCAAUGGCCAAUUGUGUGACAGUCCAAGCAGCCGGUGCCCUAUAGAAGUAACGAAUAGAAGAUACACUGUGUCAUAUUUUCUCAGGAAAGGUAACUUCAAGUCAAGGAACUGCCUAGGUGGAGCAUAGCUGCACUUCUUGAAAGGUUCCUUAACCAUGUACAUGUAGAAGUGGUGUGGAUUGGCUCUGUGCUUGUCACUGCUUGAGGAGCAGCAGCAGCAGCAGCAACAUGGUUAAUCUGUACGCCGUAUGGUCUGUUCUACCACAUGGACAGAUACUCUGGAUGAAAUGGAAAUGUUUUCGGUCAAUUGGGUUCUCUUCUUUUUUUUGGCUAGAAACAAUUCUCAGAGUGGACUGUGGGCUUUCACUUCUUUCUUCUUUUUUUUCUGUGGCUCAGUGAUGCGUCCGAGGACUCAGGUCGCACAGAAUGACUGAGCAAUCAGAUGACUUCAGAUCACUCAGGCGACUUGGAGGACCUCAGAAGAGCUCGCAGAGGAUUUCACAGUUUGAAGAGUCGGCGGUUGCAGAGCUGUUCGGAGAUGCCGCCUUUGCCUUCCAGCAGUGCUGCAGCAGAUGAUCUGACUACAUCUUUUUCACUGCUCACUGCUGAGCCAACAACUUGUGAAUUUCUGUUAGAGACUUCUGCCGCAACUCAGGCGACUCGGAGGAACUCAGAAGCGAUUUCGGAGGAUGUCACAGUUUGAAGAGUCGGCGGUUGCAGAGCUGUUCGGAAUUGCCGCCUUUGCCUUCCACAGUGCUACAGCAGAUGAUCGGACCACAGCUUUUUCACUGCUCACUGCUGAGCCAACAACUUGUGAAUUUCUGUUAGACAUAUUUGGACAGACUUCCGCCGCAAAAAAUUGAAUGCUCUUCGAUCGGCUACGAGAUUUGGCAUAAGUGUUCAGCAACUUCAGCUCAAAGAUCCGAAGGCUAUCUUCUGCCGACUCCACUAUAUGACGGAUGGUGAGCAUCCAAUUCUUGCAGUCAUUCUUCUUCCCACCAGUUUGCAAAAAUAAUGUCUUUGUCAACGUCAACAGUGCUUGUAUUGUGGCGGUUCUCACAAAAAUGUUCCUUUCCAUUUUCCUCCUCGCGUUCUCUAUAGCCUUUUCUAUUCUUUGAAUUUCUUUCGCAUCUUUUGCGCAAUUUGCUUGCGCUCACGCAUAUUACCUGAAUGUGGUUUUGGGAAGAUUGCAGAAAAGUCCCUCGCGAUUCUGUGUGGCGCCGUAGGUUUGCUAGGAAGGGAUGAUAGGAUGAUGUAUCUCAUCUCGGUUGAGUUUCGCAUUGCGUUACACUUCGAACUUUGAGAGCGAUAAUCAUUGCGCUUCGUGAAAGUGCUAGGAUUUGUGGCACCAUGCUACAGCUCUGCCUCUACUCCUCGCACGGUACCGCUUCUCCUGUUGACUUCUUGUCUUCCCUCUUCUUCUCUCUUGAGUGCGCGUGCCAUGUCCAUCAUUGUUAUGUUUUCACGCUAACCGCUUUUCCCUCUUGUAACUUCUGCCGCAGCAACCUGUCCUCCCAAAAUUUGUGACUUCCCCUUUGUCCUUGCUCUCUCUCGCCUCCCUCCCUCUCUCUUCGCUCUCAUCCCCUGAUUGACUGGAAGGAUGGUUGCCUGAUCGGUUGUGCGGCGCCAGGUGUGAACCCCUGCAUUCCGACCCGAUCAUGCGUCUUCGCCAGGCCUUUCCUCCCUCCUUUCCUGUCUCCCCCCACCAACUUGAACUCUCUCCCCCUAUUACCCUGGCUAACGCCCCGUUCUGUGCAUGAUACAUGCUAUAAAUUUUGCUCCUUCGAUCUUCUUGUUGUAAGACAUCGCGUGGCGCGUGGAUUAGUCGGUGGAAGUAGAGGCAUCUGCAAACUCCGCAAGUGCUUGUGGUCGUGUGGCGGGGUGACGAGUUCGCUGCGAUGGACUGCAGGUGCUUGAACAGGCCAAACAAGCUUGUGAGACCAAGUGAGGUGAGAGAUCAGCCUGAGGUUAGCGUGAAGGGGUUAGUAUGACAUGGACUUGGCUCAGGUCCAGGUUGCAUGGAUUAGCAGGCGGAAGUAGAGGCAUUCACAAAGUCCUGACGUGCUGUACGAUUUCGCCGGGAAGGACUGCAUGUGCUCAAGCAGGCCCGACGAGCUUGCAAGACCAAGCGACGUGCUCGUCGUCAUGGAGCGGGGUGCAUACGACUUCGCUGGGACGGACUGCAGGUGCUCGAACAGGCCCAACAAGCUUGCGAGACCGAGUGAGAUGACAGAUCAGCCUGAGGUUAGCGUGGAGGGGUUGGUGUGAGACGGACUCAGCUCAGGUCCAGGUUGGUGGUGGUGAGAGCAGAUCUGUUGCCGAGUCAUGGUGGAUGACGUAUGAAGCCCGCCGGAGAGUUUGAUUUUGGUUUCAAAAUCCUUGUUCAGCUUUUUUCUAUCGGUGUGGUGAGCCAGUCUUAUUCUGUGUUAAUGAAUGCAUGAUACAUUG